GGACACUUAACUUUUGAUCACUUUCGUUUUCGCUUCAUUUUCGAGCUGAGUAAUGUUCUCCAAUCCCGCUGGAAAAUUCCACAUUAAUACCUAAAAUAUACAAUUUGCCUCUGAGAAUCUGUAAUAGUUUGGCUUCCAUCAUCUUUGAUUUGAAAGUUUAACGUAUCAUUUUUCUGACUUUUUACCGUCUGAUAAAAGCAAUAAAUCUACACUUGUCUUUUGUGCAGGCGAAAUGUCAGUCUUACUGAAGGAAAUAGAGAAAUUUGAUAGAAGCGCUCCUUCUGUCUUUCAAGAGGUGGGGCUGCAGAUGGACGAUGAAAUCCAAACGCUGACCCGAGACGACCUCCAGGAUCUGUUUCCCGGAAGAAAAAAUUUUAAAUUAAGAAAGAACAUCUUUGACAUCAUUUACAAACAGAGGUCAGAUGACGUCCUCCUUAGAGAACCGAAAGACUGUUUGUCGUGGGAGUCCUUCCAAGCCACUUUGAGGGCGAACAGCGUUCUGACUGAAUACCUCAACACGUUGAAGGAGUUAAAGACCCAAGUGAAUAAUGUCCAGAUGGUCAUUGAACGUCAUGUGGAUCAACUGGAAGAACUCAACAAAAAUCAACACCAGAAAGCCAAAAGAGGUCAAUGGUUUCCCAAAAUCUUUUCUUCAUUUGGAUCCAAAACUCCACAAACUGAUCACCAUAAACCAGCAGCAGUUAUGGUGGCCACAGUGACAUACGGCGCCGUCAUCAGUGGCGUCACCUUUGGUUCCCACCAACAACUAAUGGACAGCGUGAUUCAUCUGGAAGCAGGUGAGCGGACUAAGCUUGUUCUGAAGGAGAGUAAAAGCCCCGAGGACGUCCAGAUCCUCAUCGUUUUCUGUCCAGUCAGUUCACGUCUCGAUUCGGACGUUGAAGCCGCCAUGAAUGAUGUCACAGGAGAUAAACCGGUCAUCCUGGUGCUGAUGCACCACACAUGGGAUUCCACAUACACCUCGUACCAGAGACCACAGCUUCAACGUGCCAACGUGGUGAUGGUGGUCAACGUUUUAUUCCACGACACCAAGGGAUUGUUGAGAUGUCAACAGAAUGAAGACGCUGCCUUGGAGAUACGUCAAGAGCUACUGAAGCACAGCAGACAAACAAACAUCCUGCCACGAUGUUGAAACUACAGCUUCUGGUGAUGAAGAAGAAGGUGGUUGUGAUGGAGAUGAGGAGGAUUGUUGGAGCUCCUGACCUGGUGGAUGUAGACGCUGAGCUCUGGUGGAGACGUGCAGCAUCUUUGGUCUGCUGUGGCUUAAACAUUAAUAUUGUUAUAACGAAUGCUGAAUAAACUAAUAAAGCUCAGUGGCACUGUUAACUGAUGGACAGAAACUGUACUAUUAAGAUCAAUGCAAAAAAAUACAUUUAAGCAAGCAAAUUUAAAAUUUUCAAGCAUUUUGAUUACUACAAAGCAUGAGAUGUGAUUUAUGUGUGUGGUAGUUUAAAUAAAGUUAGUGUAUCUACUGAUUGUGGUGUCAUAAAAGCAACAUCUUUUCAUAUAUAAUAAAAGCUAACCAAUAUUUUGCAUUAGCUUACAGGAUUCCCGAUCACCUGCUUGCACAUGGGAGCUCAGGUGGUGGGUGACAUGAACAGAUGAUUGACAACUGCAAAAAAAAAAAAAAAAAGGUGAUGACUUUUACUAU